AUGAAUCUACAAUAUGCUUACACUACAAAUAUACAAACUGGUGUAAAAACUCCGCUUAGUAUUUAUCAAGGAGCUUUGUUUUUAAUUCAUCAAGAAAUAUUGUUGGGCGCACUUGGAAUCUUUGCAUUGUUAGUAGGAUUUGUAAUAACGUUUUUUCUUUUUUAUCAAUUCUAUUUGAUUUAUUGUGGUACAACUUCAAAUGAAGCUUUUAAAUGGGAAGAUUUAGAUGAAAUAAUUUCUAAUGAUGAAUUAUGGGUUUAUGAUGGAAAAACCCCUAAAAAUAAACAAAACAACAUGUUACCAUCAUCAAUAUCAUUAAGAACUACUGCUAUGUCUAUUUACUGGAUUCAGCCAAAUAUCAAGAAACGUCAAGUAUCCACUGAUAGUAAAAAUAGUAAAAAUGUAAACGGUAAUAAUAACAAUAGUAAUAAUAAUGGUAAUGAUGUAAAUAUACCAGAUUCAAUAAUACCUUUAAAUAGUAAAAGUGGAAGCAGUAAUCAACAUGGCAAUGAAAAAGUAAAUAAUCAGGAUGUUAACUAUAAUAAUAAUAGUGACAACAAUAAGAGAGUUAUAGGAAGACCAAUAAAAUCAUUAAAAGAAAUUAAAAAUAUUUAUGAUAAAGGACUUUUCGGAAACAUUUCUGAAAUCUUUAAUGGUAAUAUAUAG